AGUAUGAGAACCCACAAGACCCAAACCCAGGCUUUAGCCUCAUCAUCCUCUCAAUGUUUGCGAUGCUUCAAUUUGCGCUCCAGGAAGACUAAAAAAGGGGUAGUCCAGGGUAAGGUGCGCAUCCGCUCCAUGCCGGGGGCAUUCCUGGUGUUGGGGAUGAUAGUGGUGAUUGUUGGCACAACACUGGCAGUGGUGGGGUACUGGCCAUACAGGGUCCAGCGGUCCGCAGGAGGUUCACUGAGUAAGAGCCCCUCUCAGGGAUCCAGUUGGGGCCUUGGAGCCAAAGGGCUGUUCUCAACAGCGAGUCUGAUUCACACUGACAGGAUGAAACUACUAGGUCCUGUUAUUAUGGGAGUGGGACUAUUUAUUCUAAUCUGUGCUAACACAGUACUAUAUGAGAAUCGAGACAAAGAGACUCAAAUUUUGCUGUCUGAGAUGCAGAGUAUGAUGUGCACCAUGUCUACAGUGCCCUCAGCAGAGUUCACCCAAGUAAACUCACUGAUCAGGCACUACCACUGGGUUGGCAGCCUGCCUGCAGCCCACUUGAAUAUUUUGUGCCUUAAAGAACUGGCCUCCUCUGAUCCACUGCUGCAGGCCAAGACUACAAAAGAAGAGAGAGUUUCACUUCAGAGAGAAGUGAUUCACACUGAGGUCCUUCAUCAUCAAGAGUCUUUAUUCAUCUCCUCUGUUCAUUUAUCAGACUCCUGCAACUCCAGCAAAGGAGACAUCAGCACUUAUCUGGAUGUAGAAAAAAGAGAAGACUGUGGCCACCAGCCCCAGCCAGAAAGUCACUGUAACCUCAACAAGUACCUGACUUCAUCUUUUAUCUCUACCCCAGAGGGGGAGGACUGGGAGAUAACCACAAUCCCUCCAAGGCGCUCCCAUAGUAUGAGUUAUAGACCUAUUUCACACACAUUGUCCAAGCCCUUAGUACACUUGGAGGAAAGGGCAGUGCAGAAUACAAGCUGCCUUAAACAGUUCCCACAAUUAUGCAUCUCUGAGAUAUGUGUAAAUCAGCCAGGAAUUAGCAGAAAAACUCUUGACAUGGACCUUUCACUUGUUGAGGGUCAGAAGCACCACAGUUGGCCUUGAUCUGAUUUUGGAAAUGCUAGAAUGCAUCUCAAGCUAGAAAACAAUCCAAUCAUCUGGAAUGGUUUUUCACUUUGGGUCUGA